AUGAGGGACACACUAAACCUCCUACAAUAUAACGUGCACAACUCUGCGAGAGUUAUGGUCAAUGUGUAUGCACCUCCUCCAGGGGGCUACAGCAGUGAACCGGAGGAAUCCCCCAUAGGCCAGCUGCAGGAGGUAGCCGGAAUGGGCACAGAUGCAGAGCUGGUCAUAUUAGGAGAUCUUAAUGUCCACCAUGAGAGGUGGGGAGGGGUGAGAGUAGAAAAAAACUUCCGCAUGGCAUGGCAGCUAAUAGCACAGGUGGAUAGGCUGGGUCUCCAGCUUGCCACACCUGUAGGGGCUACCACAUGGCAGGACAGAGGCAGCCCAGGGACGACUAUAGACCUCACCUUUCUAUCACCACUCCUGCACGACAAGCUCAGGAGGUGUGCAAUAGCGGAGGAGGCAUGCAAAGGAUCUGACCAUAAGCCCAUGGAAACAACACUGGAAAUCACACCCAUCCCAAAGGAGGCUGAGAGACGAAACUGGAAGGAUGCGGAGCCUGAGGAGGUAGCAAGGGACUGCCAAAAGCUAUAUGUGCCACAAAGCCUGGACUCCAGGCAAGCAGUCAAGGAGUAUGCAGACUACCUGGUAGGAUUUGUAGGGACAUUAGCGGACAAACACGCCACCAUUGAUGUGGGGACUAGCAAAAUGGGGCAAGGAAAGAAGCCAUCUGCCCCCACAGGCACCUACUGCCCCCCCCUGAGAACAGGGGAAGGGGCUGACGCGACGGUAGAAACCUCUUUUGAGGGGAAGGCUGAGGCAUUACGACAACGGUUCUUCCCACAGCCAGAGCCCGCCGACUUAAGUGACACCAAUAUGGAGCUGCUGCAAGCUGAAAGGGAAGCGUCAAAUGACACCAUCAGUGUGGAGGACAUGGAAAGCCUGAUCCAGAGACUGCCAAACAGGAAGGCACCAGGGAGGAGUGGGAUCACCAACGAGUUCCUUAAGAUGCUGGGCAAAACAUUUGUGGAGGCCAUAACAGCUCUCACCAAUGCAUGCUGGCAUUGGGAGACUUACCCAGACACGUUUAAGGAAGCCAAGACAGUGGCCUUGCGCAAGCCAGGGAAGGCUGACUACCAGACUGCAGGAGCGUGGAGACCCAUUGCCUUGCUGGACACAAUAGGGAAGAUUGUGGAGGCAGCAACUGCAAAACGCCUGCGGAAGAUCGCGGAGGACCACAACCUGCUACCCUCACAGCAAAUGGGGGCAAGAAGGGGCAGGUCCACGAAACAGCCAUAG